CCUUCUCCCAGCUCAUUCCAGACCAGCAGAACUUUGCAUUUCUCGCAGCUCUUCUUUCCUUUUUUUUCCUUUUUUCCCUUUUUUCCCCCCUGUAGUUACUGGCCUGCUGCCAGUCCCUCUCAGGGCCAAAGUUUUAUCCACAGGGAUAUUUUAUUUUCCUUUUCAAACGCAGCCCAGCUGCACACGGACUAAACCCCCGCUCCUGGGGCGAGCUUAACUCGGCGGAGGAGGAGGAGGAGGAGGAGGACGAGCAGCAGGAGCUGCCUCUGCUCCAGCCCUGGCUGUCAGGAUGGAUUUAUGGCUUUAAAAGGAGUGGGGGGAGGAAGGAAAAUUCCCUGCAGGAGCCAGAGCUCGCAGCGCAGCCCAGCGGAACCCGAGCGGGGAGCGGCAGGAUGGCUUCGGGGGCCGCCGCAGCCGGACUAUGACCGAGCUCGGCCUUUGCUGGGCCCCCACAGGCGGAGUUAAGGCACUUUGGGCAGGACCAGGCUCUGCGAUGUUGGCCAAGGUGCUGUUCUCCCUUUUUCUGUGGCUGCGGUUCGCUGCGGGACAGGACACACCUGAGCCAGCUCCCCAGCCAUCCACCUCCAACACCGAGGGCGACCUCCUCUUCCUGCUGGACAGCUCUGCCAGCGUCUCCCGCCAUGAGUUCUCCAAAGUCAAGGAGUUCAUGUGGGACCUUCUGCACCCUUUCACCUUUGGCCCUAGGGAUGUCCAGACCAGCAUCAUCCACAUCAGCACCACUCCCAGCAUGGAGUUCCCCUUUGACCAGCACCUGACCAGCAGUGCCCUGCGGAAAGCCAUCGGGGCCACGCGGCAGCUGAUGGGUGACACCAACACGGGCCAGGCGCUGUCCUACGCCAGGGAAAAGCUCUUCAGCAGCGAGGCUGGGGCCAGGCCAGACGUGCCCAAGGUGCUGGUGUGGGUGACAGACGGCUUCUCCACGGAUGACAUCUCGGAGCCCAUGCAGCUGCUGAAGGACAGGGGGGUGACCGUGUUCAUCGUCAGCACCGGCCGCGGCAACUUCCUGCAGCUGUCGGCAGCUGCCAGCCCGCCCUCGGACAGACACCUGCACUUCGUGGACGUGGACGACCUGCCCAUCAUCACCCAGGAGCUCAGGGAUGCCAUCCGAGAUGUCAUCCAAGCCAACCGGCUGCACGCCACCGACGUCACCUCCAGCAGCUUCCGCCUGCUGUGGCCGCCGCUGCUGUCCCAGGAGAGCGGCUUCUACAGCCUGGAGUACGGCCCCGGCGCCGAGCCCGCGGCCAGGAGGAGCCUGCAGGUGCCCGGGGCCCAGAGCAGCCUCGUGCUCAGCCAGCUGGCACCUGGCACCACCUACGAGGUGACCCUGGUCCCCGAGUCCAACGAGCGCUACUUCCCCCCCCAGAGCACCAGGGUCACCACCCUGCCAGAGGAAAUCAGCCCAGCUCAGGUUCUCAUCUCAGACUCUGGGCCCCACAGCUUCCAGGUCAGCUGGGCUCCCGUGCUGGACAGCGUGGCCACCUACCAGGUGCUGUACGGGCCCCUGCCAGGGAACUCAGCCCAGGUGCUGCAGGUGGAUGGGAGGCACAACAGCACCCUGGUGGAGCACCUGGCACCCAACACCACCUACCUGGUGACAGUGACAGCCAUCUACAGGUCUGGGAAGGAGAAAUCCCUGUCAGCCAAGGCCUGCACCCUGGAAGAGGGCUCCAGGGUGAGGCACCUCCGCUUUGAGGACGCGGGUCCGAGCAGCGUGAGAGCGUCCUGGGACUCGGCGGGCGGCGCCGUGCGCGGGUACCGGGUGCGCUGCCGGCGGCAGAGCGGCGCCUCCUCCGUGCUCAGCGUGUCCCCGCAGGUGCACAGCGUGCUGCUGAGUGACCUGCCCCGGGGCAGCAGGGGCAGGGUGUGUGUGCAGCCCCUCUACAGCCACCAGGCUGGCAAGAGGCUCUGCCGCAGCCUGCACAGGCAGCCAGCCACAGAGGCCCAGGGAUACAGGCACAGGCAGCAGGACAGACUGCAGUGAGCUCCUUCCCAGCAGAGCAAAGCUCUUGGAUGGACAAAGAUUUGGACCAAGAGGAGGAGCCAGGGGAGGAAGCAGCUCAUCGCCCAGGCUGUGCUGGCCCUGGAGGUGCCCAGCCCAAACCUGGCCCCAGCCAAGCUCUCCCAGGUCUAAAGGCUUGGCCUGGCUGCAUGGAACAGCCAGGGUGACUAAAAGAUGUCACUAAAAGAUGCCACUAAGAUGGUAAAUCUGCCCCCAUGUCACAGAAACUCGAGCCCCAAGCAGGAGGCAGUGGUGGAUCCUCCCUGCUGCCUGCUCUCUGUUCAUCCAAGGUCGAUGCAGGUUUCUUUUUGCAGCUCGUGAGCACGUUCAGGACUUGGCUGUUCAUCUUCCACCUGAAAAAUCCAUUCCUGCAUCCUCCCCGUUCCCUUCAGGGAGCCUGGAAGGAUUGAGAGAGCAGGAACCCCAAACUCCUGGGGUGUGCUUCCCUCCAGGAGCAGCUCAGAGCCCAGACCAGCCAGACAGAACCAUCUCAAACAUUUAUUUUUGUUCCUGUGCUCCUGCCUGGGUCAUUGCUCUGGCAUUCCUGCAGCCCUUCUCCACCAAAUGGGAGUGCUGCUGUCCUCGUGGAGGUUAAUUAGCCUGUGCUGUGACUAAUUACAGGCAAGGUCAUUCCUCUGCACUCUGAGCACACUCAGCACAUCUCUGGUGUCUUGUCUUGGGCUUCCACCCAGUGCUAAGCUUGAGCUACACUUAAAAAAAUCAAUGUUUUUAAGGAAAAAAAAGAGUAAAUCUGAUUAUUUCCCUUUUUCCCCUAAGCUUGAACUCACUGUCUCUAACCCACUCUGGAAAGGGGAGCUGGAGGGGAAAAGAAAAUAAAAAAGAAAGAUAAAUUAAUUAUAAAUACCUAACGACCAAGCAAAUGGUUUCAAAGUUCAGGGCUUAGGGCUGUAAAGAAAUGUAGAUAUUUCUCUGCUAAACCCCAGCAUCAGGGGGAACCCCUCCCUCAGAAACUCCUGCUCUAUUUUAAAUUUAUUGCUUAUUUUCCCUCCACGUGGAACUCGGUUUUGAAGCAGUGCUGUUUGUUGGAGAGCCCCGUGCAGCCUCACAAAUUCUUCUUAAAACAGCUUUAAACAGCUCCUUUUGGAGCUGAGAGGAACUUUUAUCCCUGACUUUGUCUCCUGAGAGCUGAAUCCUUCCUCUCCACCUUUCCUGGAGCAUUUUUCCUUGGGCUGCCUUUUUCAGGAGAGAAGGGAGGUGAGGCACUCAUUAACUCCAUAAAGAGAUUUUUCACCAGAUUUGUGCCCUCCUCUGGAAUGUGCAUUUGUGACUGAUUAAUCUCAGUGUGGAAAGGAUCACAAAACCCCUGGAACCUGCUGAUGCAAUAAAAUGAUUUUGUUUCUUCUUGCUGUAGGACAGAAAUUAAGUUUGCACAACUCCCUGCCUAGUUUAUUAAUGCAGUUUAUUAAUUUUCAUCCCCUCACAGCUGUAACACACCCUUUUGAAGACAAUUAAAUAUAAAUACAAGA